AUGGAAAUUCGUAGGAAGCUAUGGGAGGAAUUUGAGGACCUAGCCCAAGACGUAGCGCUGCCGUGGUUCCUGGUUGGUGAUAAAAAUGACAUGAGGAAUAGCACUGAGAAAAUUGGGGGAGCCGGUGAUGCGGAGGAGGGUAGUAUGGAAAACGAGAUAAAGAUACCAUCGGGGUGGUUAGAGCCCCUAAGAAUCAGGCAAUUGACGUAUUACAAGGAAUCGAAGGAAACUGGCUUGCUUGAUUCGGGCAGGAAAGCAAGUCAACCAGGAAGAAAGUCACACCACGUAUCAGCUCUUGACCUCCUUAGCACUGUCUCCCUCCCUAUACCCCUCCUCCCGAAAGUUUCCGUUGGGCCGUUGUCUGUAAGAUAUGUAUGGGUAAUUGACCUGACUCCCAAAGAUGAGAAGCCAACUCAACAAACGAUAGCAAAGGGGUUUUGCAAGUUCCAUCAACAACAUGGGCACAAUACUGACUUUUGCAUGAGGUUGAGGCAUGAAAUCCAGGAUCUGAUUGAUGCAAAGAAGAUUACAGAUCCGGAUUCCUCAAAGCCUUCUACUCAGAGGAACCCGCUCCCCGAUCAUAGGGUUUCUUUGAUUAGCUCUGGAGUCUCUGAAGAUGAUGUGAUGGGGACUUUUGUGGAGGAAAUUCUGAAUCCUGAGAAGAAGAUGAAUAUGGGCAGUGUCUAUGCAGUUAUGGUCUUGAAUAGACCUUUUCAGAUGCCUGCCUUCACUAAAGAAAGGAGAGGAGAGAGCUGGGACGAAGACUGCAAAGCCUUUGAUCGAGAUCCGUCUGAGUAG